AUGGCUCAGGCGAAGCUGACAGACUUUUAUCCUUCCUCCAGCAGCAACGGCGGGGGGAGCGUCAAGUCGGCAAGGACCACAGAGGAUAUCAGGAUACCGGCAGACACGGACAGGGCCAUGACCGUUUCUGCUUUCCCUCAUCCUCGGUCCCAUUCGCCUCAUGCUAGCGAGCAGACACCCCUGCUCGCUGGCUCUACACCGACGCCGCCGCCACCGUUGACGGCAGGCGCAGGAUUUGAGCCGCCAAAGACGAGGCCGUAUCUGCUCAGGCUGAGCUUUCUCUUCUCGGCCGUCAUCACCUGGGCGUCUCUCGCCUUCCUCGUCCUCAUUUGCCUGGCCAUAACGCACAGUCAGUUUGUCUACCUGCUACCGUCACAUCGCGGCUCGCUCUUCUUGCCGCUCUGGCUGUCCAUCUUUAGCUUUCUGUCGGGCCUGCUGAGCAUGAUCUACUACUCGGACCCGCUAGACUUUCCUGCUGGUCCGGCCAAGCUCUUCAGCCUGCUCUCAGCCAUCCUCAUCCUCGUCGACGUCGUCCUCGUCGGCGUCAACAGGCAGCUCAGACUCGAAGAGGGCUGGCUCACUUUGAUCUUGCUCAUCAUCAACUUUGUGAGCUAUGUCCAUUCCCUAGCUGCGACGUCAGUUCUGCCGCAGGAAGAUGCACCCGAUCUGCCAAUCUAUCAGCGUCAGCAAGCACUGGCAGAACAGGUCGGCUUCUUCGCCCGCGCUGGCGAGAAUCUCAAGAGUUUCUUCUCCCUCCUGACGAUCACGCUGCCCGUCUUUGUACUGCAGCUCGCCACCACUGUCGCCCUUGCGCUCAUCAUGCUCGAUCUCAUCUUACGGGCCUACGACUCCACUGUCGUGCACCAGCAAAGUACAGACCUGUACAAGAUCAAUCCUUCCAGCUUCAGCGUCAACUCACCGUCUACGCUACGCCACCAUGAUCGAUCAGACGAUAAGGGAAUCUUCCCAGGUGACUUCAGGCUUCAUCUCGAUUGUCGCUUUCUUGGCACACCCGUCCGCGAACCCCGGUACAUCAAGACGGUUCUCUUCGACUCUGACAAAGGCAUUCCUGCCUCUGUCGAAUCCAGUUGGGCUGUUGAUGCUAUGGAACAUCUCGACGGUAACGGGACUGCUUACCGGCUAUGCAUCUACGAUCGACCCGGCUACGGACUCAGCGACGUCGCACCGAGCGCCGAGCUGGCCAUGACCGUCCGUUCGCUCGAGUCUGCCCUUGUCCAAGCCGGCGUGAUGGCAGAGAUCCAAAGCGCGGUUCCGUUGGGCAGCUCUUUCGUCCUCGUCGGCGCAGGCUAUGGCGCACUCGUCUCUCGCGUCUUUGCAGCCCGCAAUCCCAGUGUAGUCGAAUCGAUUCUCUAUCUCGACGCUUCAACAGAGCUGACCCAUUUCAGCCCGGAUGCCCAGACGCUAGCCCGAACCUGGCGCUUCUUUUUCAGCAACAUUCUCGGCGCCGUUGUCUCGCCUCUCGGCAUCAAGCGAUGGCUGCAGAUCAUCUUCCUGCCCGGACGAGCUUCUCGAGAGGGCAGAAUCUUCGGGACUGUCACCUCUGGCUUGAACGCGCCAAUCUUGCGAGCUGCUCUGCAAGAGUCAGCUGAAGCACAUCGACACACUUCUCGUUCGUACCUCGAGCUCAAGCGAUCUCGCAAGACGUACCCAGAUGUGCCUGCUAUCGUCCUGACGAGCAAGGAAAAGCUACAGUCCAAGGCUGGCUCGGCAUGGGAGCAAUCUCAAGAAUGGCUCGUCAAGAUCAUCAUCGGCGAUAGUCUCGUCAGGUGGGACGAGAUCAAGGCAGGCGGCUCUCGUCUCCUCUCCGGUCCAGUGGGACGUGAUUCCGCUGGCAAGGCACUCAAGCAGCUCCUGGCAAGAUCGUCCGACAACUAG